AUGUCGGCCGGUACUCCUGAGCAGCGUGAUCGCAAUCACCAGAUUAUCAGCUCUUAUUUCAUUGGGCCUAAGGCGGGAAACCUCGAAUACUUCCAGAAAAAUAUCCAAACUAUACUGGAAGAACUGAAGAAUGCUAGAUUAGCUUACUUCCCCGAUGAUAAACCAUUCAUACCAGAAGAUGUAAAGAACAAGGACCUAUACCAGUUGAUUGUGAAGAACUUCAGCGAGGUGGUACAGAAAGUUGCGCACCUGAUGGGACAGCAGUCAAUUCCGUUCUGGUCACCUAGAUAUGAAGGACAUAUGUGCACCGACAUGACCAUGCCAGCUCUUCUGGGCUAUUUCAUGACUAUGCUGUACAACCCGAACAAUGUUGCUCUAGAAGCAAGUCCAUUCACGACCUACGCGGAGAUUAAAGCCGGAGAGCAGCUUUGCGAGAUGUUUGGGUACGACGUUGGCCCCAAUGCGUCGCCCCGGGGAUGGGGUCACAUCACCGCUGAUGGGACAAUCGCCAAUUUGGAGUCUAUCUGGGUGGCCCGCAACCUGAAAUACUACCCAUUAUCGCUCUACCUUGCUAUUAAGAGAGGAAAACUGCACUUUUUGACUGGCAAGUUCGAGAUCGAGAACUGUCAGGGCGAAACCAAAAUAUUUGAUGAGAUGACCGCAUGGGAGCUGCUAAAUCUUCGGCCUGACACCGUGCUUGGCAUUCCCCAGCAUCUAUAUGAUCACCAUAAUAUCUCCAAUGAUUUUCUGGAUAAGGUGAUGGUGGAUUACAAUAUCCAAAAUAUUAGUAAAAGCCAACUGGAAGAGGAUUUCCUGGAAACUGAUGUUACCAACGACGUGAAGUUCCCAUUCAGGUACAUGGUAGGAAAAACUCGCCAUUACUCUUGGCCCAAAGGCGCCGCAAUCGCUGGUCUCGGCUCCGACUUUAUGUAUGGAAUCAAAGUUGACCUAGAGGCGAGACUCGACAUCGAGGAACUACGAAAGGAACUUCAAACCUGUUUCGACGAAAAGCGACCCGUGUAUGGGGUUGUUGCUAUCAUGGGAUCAACUGAAGAAGGUGCUGUCGACAACCUGAAGGAGAUUGUGAAGAUCAGGGAUGAUUUCGAGAAGAUGGGAAUGUCAUUCUUGCUCCACGCCGAUGCGGCAUGGGGUGGGUAUUUCGCCACCAUGCUGCCGAGAGGUAAAGAGCUAGAGCAACAAGCUGAAGAACUUAAGAGCCAAACGACUUCCAAAGGGUUUGUUCCAAGUUUGACCUUGAAAAGGCAAACAGCUGAGGACCUCAAAGCCCUCAAACACGUGGACUCUAUUACAGUUGACCCACACAAAGCCGGUUACGUUCCAUACCCGGCAGGCAGCUUGGUGUACCGGGACGGCCGAAUGAGGUUUUUGGUUACUUGGACCAGCCCUUACCUUUCUCAAGGAAAUGUAGACUCCAGUAUGGGCAUCUUCGGCGUUGAGGGAAGUAAGCCAGGAGCUGCAGCAAUGUCGACGUGGCUCUCAAACAAAACCAUCGGUCUCGAUCAAUACGGCUAUGGAGCACUCCUUGGAGAGGCGGCAUUUACCAGUGCUAGAUUAUCAGCGUACUGGGCCGCGAUAGGAGAUGAAAAUGACACCCCUGAUCGGAUGUUUAUCUGCGUUCCCUUGAAUCGACCGCCCGCAGAAAAUGGAAAUGGUUACUUCUCCACAGAAGCAAGAAAAGAAAGGGACCUCAUUCGAGACAAGAUCCUAAGAAAGUCAAAUGACGACAUUGCUGCAGCAGACGAGGAUGGAAAGCUGAUGGAAUUGCUCCGCGAGUUGGGAUCAGACUUGAACAUCAACGCCUUUGCUCUGAACUGGUUUGAUGAGAAUGGAAACCUAAACGAGGACCUGGAAGAAGCAAACAAUCUCAUGAAGAGGGUUGUUGACAGAUUCUCCGUUAAUUCUUCAGACAGUAACCCGACCACGCGACCGCUAUACUUGACCUCGACGGAAUUUGAGCCUGAGUUGUACGGCGAAUGCGCACAAGAAUUUAUGCACAGACUAGGAGUGAAGAAGAUGCCACAAAAUCUAUUUGUCUUGCGAAACGUCGUCAUGAGCCCCUUUCCUACGGAUAUGAAAUUCAUCGAUGAGUUGAUGCGAGAGUUUAAGAAAGUUGUGAUGCAGGAGGUGAUUGUUAGUCGGGAACGCAACAAACAGGGCCGUCAGCAGGCAUCAUUCCUUAUGCAGGGUACGGAUGAGGUAUUCCUGGUUUACCAGCCCUCAUUCCAUGAAGCGACUAAGAAGGAGCAAAUCAUUGUGACCGCUGAUAUAUGGCACAAAGACGAUUACGUGAGCUUGAAAAGAAGCGGGAAAUACAAGCAGAUAACCUUGGAGUCACAUCACAACAUCAACCUUGAAAAGAAGUUGAAACUUUUGGCAUGGAAGAGUUCAAGGCCACUGUCGACAGAAAAGGGGAAGAAAGAAGGUCGGGAUAAAGAUGAGGAUCACAGUAUAGGCGAAGCAGAACCGGAAGUUCCUGAAGAAGAAACUCUUUCCUAUUUUCCCCACUUCCAUGACUGCCCGGAUAAGCUAGAUCGUCGAUUGUUCUUUCUAGGACAUAUUUACGCAGAUGGCCAUAGGAGGUUGUAUACGGGUGUGACACUGAAAAGAAUUGUGAAGAGCCGACCUCUCAACCUACAGCAUCGGGAUCAUGAUUAUCCCCAGAGCUUCACACCAUUCUACCUUUACGGGACUGAAAAUCAAGCUCACAUCAGCCACAUGAUGCUCCGCGCCCCCAACGCGUCGCUCACGGCAGACAGCGUUCAUUUUGAUCAAGCAACCAAAGACAAGAUUAAAGACAAUCUAGAUCACGGGCUUAUUCUAGGUUUAAUAGAUUAUCCUGAAGCAGCUAUGCAACCAAUUCAUGAGCCUCUGCCUGAUAAAUUCUUCUUCCGCAAAGGCUCGCAAAAUCUGCGGGUGAAGGUGUGGGAAGAUCCAUUGAAUGCUUGGGCAGAGGGUCCAGGCUUACUGAACAACCUUGGCAACGCCAUUGCUGAAGGUACGAUGAGUCUGGGUAACGAAGUGCAGGUGGAUGCAGAAUCCGUUAAUUAUGACCCCAAUGGAUCGGUGCCGCCUGACCCCAGUGGCUGGCAGCAAGAGUUUGAUGCAAUCGGAAGUGUGUUGAACACAAAUUGGCCGGCUGAGUUGACUGUGCGGGAAAAGGGGUUACCUAACUAA